UCUAAGCAUGUAAUGAAUGAGUCAGAUGUUGUGCACAACAGGUUGGUACUGCUUUAGGUGGAAUAAAAGAAGAUGCCUGGUUCUUAUAUUAGCUCUCACAAUCCUGGCCUGUUUCUUAGUGAUUGAUAGUGUCCAUCAAACUCAUCAUGAGAUAUCAGUAGAUUGCUCUGAUAAACAAAGCAUGGAUUUUAUUUUGGACAUAUGUAGAAACUACACAGCUGGAUACGUGACUGGGAGCAUAUGCCAGCCAUUGUGCAAAAGCAACAGUAUCUCUUAUAUAAAAUGUCUUGGACACAAAGCGACUGACUUAGUUCUGUUAGCAUGGUGGAAAGGCCAAGGAAACGUAAUACUUAAAGCUGAUGUUAAUUUAAGAUCAACAAAGUCAUUUCAUUUUCAAGGCAGCAUCAGCGAGGAUCAGUUGGCAUUACCUUAUCAUAUACCAUUAGUGGCACAAUUCAAAGAGCAUUUAAGAGCAGGUUACAAUAUAUUGGAUCAUGUUAUCGAUAGAAUACUAUUUGAAUGUGACGUUGGGCAGGAUGGGACACUGACCAACAGAGAAGCAUUAUACUGCUGGCAUAUGAUGGACAAAGAUGAGAUACUAUUGAGCUUAAAGUUGGAGAACAUGCAACUGGUUCCUGGUCUAUAUGGCACGUGUGGAAACCUCAUGGCAUUUGAGUAUAUCCCUGGACAAUCUUUACGUUAUCCAAUAGUCACUGAUAAGAGAAGCUGGGACUUUCGUGUCCAGUUAUCAAUAUCGCUGAUAGAGUUAGUGGAGAGGUUCGACGACAUCAGUAAAGCUGAUAAUUAUCUUCUCUGUGAUUCUCAGGAGGGCAAUUAUGGAGUAGUUCAAUCGCCUGGUGGCGGUUAUAUUGCUAUGAGUGUCGACAAUGAUUUAACUAUCUCUGAAGGAAGUCUUCAAAGGUCUUUGAAUUUUGAAAAGAAUAAUUCAUGCAGUAGUAAUUAUGACUGUUCAUUUAUUGACUGUGACGUUCACUGUGACACUAGUACAAGAAAAUGCUCUGGAAUCAUCCUCUCUAAUAACUUACAGCUCAUAUGCAAGAAGUUUUUUGUUCCUAAAGUGCAGAAUUUACUAAGCAAAACACUGCUACAUGAUCCACCAGUAUCAAUAUCAGGGGAACUACAGAGUCUCAUUCAUCAAUGCAUUGCUCCUGUCAGUCCUGUGAACAUCUCAACUAAAAUAUCAAGGAAGCUAUCCAAAGAAUUCAAAACACUAUUGUUAAAGAGCAUCAGUGAUCAUUAACAUUAAUAACAGACCUACAUGUACAUGUACAUCUAUAUGCUGUGUACAUUAUUGU